GCGUGGCCAGUUCGUAAGAUUCGUUUGCUGAAACUACCUACACAAGCUGAGUCAGUUACAAAACCACCUGCGACUACUGCAAGUAACAAGACUACUGCAAGUAACAUGACGACUAAUACCAAUGGUAAUGCAAAAUAGAAGUGCAUCAUGUUCGAAUGUAACAACUCUGGACGGAUUGUCGCUGAAGGCCGUGUAUGUUCAACUGAUCCAGAAGAUCGUGUUCAUUUUUUUCCCACUAGGUCCAAACAGUAGCAAGGUCUGGUUGAAGUUUUGAAGAUUAGUGAUGCAGGAGUGUGGAGACCAAAUUCAGAUGUUCAGUUCAUUUUGGAUGCAGUUUGCACCACAGUCGCUUUUCCUAAUGAUAAAAUCAAACUUGUCUAAGAAAUUUUAUUUUCUCGUCUAUUGAUCUAAGACAUUUUUCAUCAUUUUUCAAUGAAUUUUCUCGGCUCUUUAACUUUGUGUUGGUCUGUAAUAUUUCAACGGGUAUGUGUAUACUCUAUGACUAGUUGCAGGUUCUUUUAAUUUAAAGUUUUAGAAAUUAUUAAAAUAUUUCAAAUAAAUACAUCUAAUUCGAAAAAACCUAAUAAUAAAAAUUAACAAAACCACAAAAUAUUAACCAAAAUAAUUGAAGGUUUAGAGUUUAAGGAUAGUUUAGGGUUUCAGGAUUAUUUAGGGCUUAGGGCAUAUUUAGAGUUUAUAUUUUUUUGGGGGUAUAAUUUAAUUUUACUUAAUUGUUUUUACUAAUUAUACAAAACAGAAUAGGGGUUUAGGAAAUAUUUAGGGUUUAGGGCUUAUUUAGGGAUUAAGGCUAAUUUAACGUUUAUUUAGGAUUAAAAAUCCAAUUUACUUAAUUUUGACUAAUUACACAGCCAUAGAAUGGUUUUUUGCAACCAUAAAUAAAUUUAAUACAUAUAUAUAAUUUUUUGAAUUUGUGGGUUCAUACUUAUUGGACAAUUACUUCUCUAGGUAUUCACGGUAAUCUAUCAUUAUAAGUUAGUUUUCUACAAAACUCAUAAUACAUGAAAAUAAAUUUUGUAAAUUAUUUAUAAAUCAUAAUUUGUAAAAGUAUAAAAAAUUUGUAUUAUUAAAUUAUUUUCAUAAUUAUUUUCAUAAUUUUAUACAUAUAAUAAAAAUUAAUUAAACUCACAAACGAUGAGAUCCAAUAACAAGAGUUUUCUCGGAUCGUUGAUGUGGCAAAUAUCUAGCCGUCGCUCAAAUAACUUCAAAAAGCUAUGUAAACCGUUAAUUAUUCUUCACUUUUCUCUCGCUUGUGCGAUUACCUUGAGGAUUGAUGAUGUGGCGUGAAUCACACCAUCUACAAUCAGUAGAACAACAAAUCCCAUCCGUUAACUCUUAUGUUAUUUUCUUUAUCAAUCCGCAAAAAUUAGAUUCGUCAUCAUUUUUAAAAUUCUCUCUCAGAUUAUAAAAUGUAAAGUAACUUUCAAUCUUGCCUCUCCGCCGGUAACCUGUGAACUCAACUCCAAAGAUUCAGAUCUCGAGAUUAUGUUAAAGACCUUGAAGAACCUGCUCAUAUAUAUAGAUUCUCCGUUUUAAUGGAUCUUCAAGAACUUGUAUUUGUUGUUUACUCCGCCAAAUUAUCAUGUAUCAAUGUAUACCACGAUGAAUUUGCAAUAUUUUAUUCAAUCCAAAAUUAAAUUAACUACUUCAAUUUUCAGUAUAUUUGUAUUUGUUCUUCACAAUUCAACUAAAAGAUAUUUGGAAUUUUUUUAAAAAAUAUAUGGAAUUAUGAAUUUUAUAAAAAAUUUGUCAAUAAUUACAAAAUAAUUCCAAAUUUCAAAUUUUUUUACAAAUUAUAAAAUAAAAAAAAAUUUAUAGAAAAAAACAAUUACAAAAUUCUGAAAACGGAAAAUUUCUGACUUGAUUUUGGAUAGAAAUGAAAUAACAUUUCCUCACCGUUACCCAAAACAAAUAAAAAUGCUAUAUUAAAUCUUUUUAUUUUGUCAUCAACUUUACAGACUCAUAUUGACUCUGUGAACCACCCUGGGAGAUCUUGAUCCAUGUAAACUACAAAAGACGUUUCCUUCCUAACAUUGCGGGCUAAGCUAUCCGCCUUCUUGUUAUGCGUUCUUGAUACAUAGAUAAUCUCUGCUCGGAAAAAACUCUCUUUCAGGCUGUUUAUAUUUUCCAAAUAACUUGCAAACGCUGGCCAUUCUUCUGGUUCUGAAACCAUCUUCACCAAUUGAGAACAAUCCGUUGCAAAAGUAACCUGAAAUUGUCGUAUAUUUUUCAUGCAUUCCAUUGCCCAUAGUAACGCUUCCAUCUCUGCAUGAAGAGGAGAGAGGGAAGCUCGGACAUUCUUCUAAGGUAUUGUACCAUCCUUGACCUGAAAAAAAUAUCAUUCUCUUUCCAGGAACCAUCCGUAAAACACCAUCUUCCUGGAAUUGACGGAAGAGUCGUAGCCUCUACCUGUGGAGUCCUCUUUUUGUCAUUCAAUAUUUGUGCUUCAGCCGAGAGUUUUGAUUUCGUUUAUGCCAGUUUAAGGGUAUCCAGAGGAUCCACAUCCAGAUUACUAAAGACUUUAUUAUUUCUUCCUUUCCAGAUGUACCACAAUAUCCAUGCAAACUGAUGAUCCUCCAUCUGUGGAAUAACUCUCCAAAAGAGAUGAUCCAUGUUCACAAAGAGAGAGCUUGUUGGGAACAUAGCUGGAUUUGUUGGAAUCUUUGAAAGAGCCCAUACCUGAAGUGCAGGAGGACAUUAAAAAAAAACAUGGUUGAUCGAUUCCUCCUCAACUCCACAUCUUACACAACAAAUAUCUCCGGGUAUCCCUCGCAUAUGCAAAUUCUUCUUAACUGCUAUGCACCAUGUCACCAAUUGCCAUAGAAAAUACUUAAUUUUCGGUGGACAUCGUAUUUUCCAACAAUAUGCCUUCAAAAUAUCCACCGUGGGUCCAAACACCAAUGGUGGUUUUUCCUUAUCUGGGUAUAUCCAUUCAACCUGAUAUCCAGAUUUAACCGUAUAUUUUCCAUUAUUUGUGAAAUACCAUCCUUCUUGAUCUGCUAUCCGAGUUCUACUCAGUGGUAUACUUUCUAUCAAUAUUUCACAUCUUGUGGGUCCACCAAAGCCCGGAGCGCCGGCGAAUUCCAUCUUCGCAAAUGAGGAUCAAUAAGAGAAUCCACUGUAAGGUCUGGGUAAAGAUUGUGUUGAUUUUUAUUAGCUGGUCUCGGGCGAGUGGUUGAGAGCCAAUGAUCAUUCCAUACGGAUAUAGAGGAUCAUGUUCCCACCCUUUUGAUUAGUCCUUUGCUUACAAGAGAUCUAGCAGAUACAAUACUCCGCCAGCCAUAUGACGGAGAAUAUGAACGAAUCAGAUCUAGGAGUGAUGCAUUCCUGUAAUACCAACCUUUAAAAACUCAAGAAAAUAAAGUAUUUGGCUUCUCUAUCAGCCGCCAUAAUUGUUUACCAAGCAUCGCUGUGUUGAAAUCAGUGAUAUCUUUAAACCCUAAACCUCCAUCGUCCUUACUAAUAUAUACUUGAUCCCAUGAUUUCCAAUGCAUUCCUCUUGUGUUGGAGAGGAAUUUAACAUUCUCACACAAGGCCCAUCGGUUAAUGAGAUUCAGACCAACUUUAUCAGGAGACUAACCGGGAUCUAACAUGACGAUCAGUGUUAGAAUCCAAGCUAAUUAAUUGGGCCUCGCGAUCGAGUGGAUCAGUCUUGGCCCAUCAGGCCAUCGCUCGGUCGACUCAGCCUCACGAUCAAAUGACCGACUGGAUCAGUAUCGGCCCAUCAAGCCAUCGCUCGGCUGGAAAACCCAUUAAACAUCAAAUUAAGCCCAAACUGCCAGGGCGAACGAGUGAGAGACAUGUAAAGCCUAUAAAAGGAGAACGAAUGGGAAGAAGAAGGGGAUCCGCAAAUAGACACUAAGAGAUUGACGGCAAGAUCUAGGGUUUACGAUCAAUCGCCUUGCUUAGUGUUUCUGUCGGAGUCUUUCAACAAAGCUCCGACCUUUUCCUUCUUUCCCUAAUCUCUUUGUAACCUCGACAGUUUACCUCAAAUUUUGAAUAGAACGUCUUUGUAAGACCCACAGAAACCGAGUUCAUUUUACUAUCAUUCGACCUACCAAACUCGUACUCAACAUUUGGUGCCCACCGUGGGGCCUUACAGAGUAACGUUCACAAACUCAGUAUGAGUCCCGACGACACACCCGCUGACGGUAGCCAACCGUCGGCCUCUGUUACGCCGGCUCCCGACGCUCCUCUCGCACUGAACCAAUCCAUCCCAGAGAUGCUGCAGGCCAUCAUGGCACGUUUCAUCCAACAAGAAGAAACCAACAAAGCUACGAGCGACCGUCUGGCCGCACUCGCCGCAGCUCUCGGAACCCUAGAUGGCGAAAACGACAGAGCGGAAACGGCAAGAAGAAGGUUAUUCGCAACCACAAACCCUAACCUUGGAGUCGAACAACCAACAUACGAAGCAAACCCUACGAACGGUGAGGUUGCACAAACGACUGACGGCUCGGAUUCUCUAACUAGCCGCCAGAUCGCAAAUCUGCAACUCUCACUGCGGGACAUCCACUCCAAGAUACAUCAUGUCAAGGCAUCCACACCUGAGAUCGAACGCGUUCUCGCCACCACCCGGCGAAACCCUUUCACCCAGCGGAUAACCAGAGUCAAGAUCAAGAAGACGGAGAAACUCCGUAUCCCUCCAUACAAGAGAGAUUCGGAUCCGACCGAUCACAUGACCGCUUUCAAUAUCGCUAUGGGUCAGAAUCACUUUUCUGACGAAGAAAGAGACGCAGGCCUCUGCCAACUUUUCGUCGAGAGCCUCUCCGGACCGGCCCUAAGUUGGUUUUCACAUUUGAGAGAAGGUUCGAUCGAUAGCUUCGACGACCUGUCCGCCUCGUUCCUCAAAAACUACAUCAUGUGGUCCCGUCAAGGAACUUCCAUGGCCGACCUAUGGAAGUUGUCACAAUCGCAAAACGAGAGUCUGAAGGAUUUUAUGGAAAAAUUCAAGCAAGUACUAUCAACGGUGCCUACCCCUGACCGCACUACCGUCAAAGCUUUAACCAAUGCCCUUUGGAUCAACUCCAAGUUUCGCGAUUACCUGGGGAUUAACCCAACCAUAACCAUCGAAGACGCUCUGCAUGAUUCGAAGAACUUUAUCAAGAUGGACGAAGACAGGAGAGCUUACAACGCCAAGCAGCAGGCUUUAAAGCCAACGGCAUCAAAGACAUCGAACGCCCAAGAGCCACGACAGCACGUCCCUUACCAAAAGAAAGGACCUGUCUAUGCCAUCUCCGAAGAUGAUCAAUCUGGCAUAGUCGCCGCGGUACGUGAACCAGGGUGGAACGUAUGGGAACGCGAUACUGAAGUAAAAACGCAGCAGUCCCGGAAACCUGCGCCCGCCAACUCUAAGAGCUCAUACGACCAAAACAAGUUCUGCAAGUACCAUGAUAUGAGAGGUCAUGAAGCCAAAGAAUGCAGACACCUCUACGAGGCAUGGCUCGCCUCCACCAGCGACGGUCGCACCGAGGUCGAACCACCAAAACCAAAAGCGACCAAAAACAGUAAAAGUUGGAGCAAGAAGGACAAGAAGAAAAAAUCCAACGAAAAGAAAGAAGAGGAUUCCCCUCCGACAGAUGAUGGCGACCAGUCGCAUCAUGACAAGGAGUCGACCUCCGACGAAGAAAAACCAAAAGCUCGGCGAAAGAUAUUUACGAUCCGAGCCACGACAUCCACCAUGGCAACGCCGGAGGACGAUCUACGUCACUCACUCAACCGAAAAGCGGGAAAGACGGUCGAAAACCUCACUCUCACCAAUACCUCGGUGCGAACGGAAGGAAGUAGCAGCACGCUUAUGGAAGUCGAUGGCGCACCACCUAGGAUCAGUCGUUCCAUAAGAAAACUCAAUGUUUCAGACGCUCGACACAUUCUAGACGCAAAGAGAAAAGAUCCACUCCAUCGGCAAGACGAACUUAAACAGGAACUGUCGUCAAACAAUCAAUCCGAUUGCACCGAGACGACUGAUCUUCGAGUUAAGCUUAACUCAAAGAUCCCGGAUCUCCGCGAAAAACUGAAACGAUGCAAGAUCGACCGCCCCAAAGUGGAGCCAGAGCCAAUCGUUCCAUAUCAACGCAAGACUCAAGACCUGCGUACACAUCUCAAUUCACGUAGGGCUGAACGAACGGUACAAUCUGAGGAAGAGCAUCAAGAGCAGUUUCAGCACUUGAACGUGAUCAUGGGAUGAUCCCCUCCUGGCAACGAUUCUGUCAGAUCUGUGAAAGCUUUCCGACGGAAGGCAAUC